AUGACAAUUAUUUCUGAAAGGCUAUGGUCCAAGGCCAUUUCUGCUGGUGGUAAGUGCGGUCUCCAGAACAAGAGAGAACACACAGCUCUUCCUAAAAUUGAAGGUGUUCAUGCUCGAGAUGAAACUGAACUCUACCUAGGCAAGAGAUGGGCUUAUAUGUACAAAGCAAAGCGCGACACGGUGACUGUUGGUGGCAAACUGAACAAAACCAGAACAAUCUGGGGAAAAGUAACUCAUGCUCAUGGAAACAGUGGCAUGGUCCCUGCUGAAUUCCAAAGCAAUCUCCCUCCUAAAGCCAUUGGCCACAGAGUCCAUGUGAUGCUACACCCCUCAAGGAUUUAA